UGCAAUGCAGACCAAUAGCGCCAAGAAAACUGAUACAGACAAGGAGGUUACUCCUAAGUACAUCAAAAAGGGGUCAAAGGAAUUCUCUGCCUUCAUCUGGUUCUUGGGUAAGAACUUUGAGAAAGCUAAUUCCAAAUCUCUUUGCUUGGAGCUGUGGUGUCUCUGAAACAGAUACCAGAUGAUGGUAUUGAAGGAUAAAGGCAAUACACUGUUGACACCUCGGUAUUAUAGAGAUGAAGCAACCUUCAUUGCUCUAGCAAUGGAUAACAAUAGGUAUAUCCGGUAUAAGGAUGGCAGCAUUGGGUUUCAGCCAUUUGUCACACACCAGCAUGUUAUUCCUCCAGAUUCUGAACCGAAAGCUUUAAAAUUCGUCCAGACCAAAGAAGAAAGGAAGAAGAAGGAUAUCAGUGAACUCCAAGCUAAAAGGAUGCGUGACAAUCUCAUUGGAGAAAGAGAUAUAUUCACAAUGUAUGGAUAUGAUGAAGCUAAUGAGCUCAAUAACAUCAUCAAAGUUGUUGGAACUCUUAAAGAUUCUCAGGACAGGAUAAGAUCUCGAAUUGCCAGCAUUGGAAAAUGUUUGGACCUUCUCGUUGAGACAUCUGAUCAGAAUCCUGGAAGCCUGAAACAGUAAACAUUAUAUUUAUUAAUUAUUAAUCAUUGGAAAUU